UAAAAAAAAAAAAAUACUUGAUGAAAGUUGUAACUUGGGUGUUGGUGAAAAUUAAAAACUUGAUUCUCAGGAUUUCGUUUACUAAACUUGAAGUGUUAAAGACAAAAUUUUAACGCUAAGCAAUACCAUUUCUAUAUUUCAAACAUUAUCAUUGGGAACUUUUUACAAAAGUAGAAUGUGUUGCUAUGUGGAUUGUGAAUAACACAAGUUAAAAACAGGGUUUGGCUAGACCGAAUUUAGCGAAACUCAAAAUAAACUACUAAUAGGUACAUAACCAUAUUAUUUGAAAGUCCAGUAUGUUUUCAAAGAAAAAGAAGAAGCCUCUUAUUUCACCACCAAGUAACUUUGAACAUAGAGUGCACACUGGUUUUGAUAGAAGAGAAAACAAGUUUGUUGGUCUCCCAUUGCAAUGGGCUUCACUAGUUGGAAAUAACCAGAUAUUAAAAUCUUCAAACCGACCAUUACCUUUAGUAGAUCCAUCAGAAAUCACACCAACAGAGAUUUUGGACCUAAAAACUGUUGUAAGAGGUGAUCACCGGACAUCAUCAGUUGCAGCCAUUUCAAGACCAACUUCAACAAACCCAAUAACACAACCUGUACAGAAUGGAGUAAUAUUACCAAAAAUGUCCAAUGUGGCCCGGUCAAACUCUUUGAGAAGUUCAAGUCCACCAAGAAUAAGAAGAGACCUGAGAGGCCAGGCAAAUAUCCCACCAUCAGUACCUGAAGAGUCGCCUUCUGUACAACAAGCUCCACAAUACCCAAGCUUAAGGCGUGAACAGAGCAAUUAUACACUUAAUCAGCCAAUUCGAGAUUCACCUGACGAAUGGUCUCAACAUGCUCAUGAAACAGCUAUAAGAUCUGUAAAUGAUGUAAAUGAAAAUCCUCAAUCAAAUAUUACAUAUCAAAACAUACAAAAUGCCAAUGUUCCAUACCAACACAGCCACCCACCUCCUCAGCCUACUUUGCAUCAACCACAAGUUGGAAUUAAUGGAAAAAAUAUAAAUAUAGGUGAUGCAUAUGGCGUACGAAUCCAACAUCCGGGUGCCCCAUCUCUCUCUGCCUCUAAACACGAGCUACGCUUGACACAUGAACAGUUCCGCGCUGCUCUCAGACUCGUAGUAAGCGAGGGUGACCCUCGGGAGACGCUAACUGGCUUCAGCAAGAUUGGGAAGGGAAGUACUGGGGUGGUUUGCGUAGCCACAGACACGAGGACUCGGCGACGAGUAGCCGUCAAGAUGAUGAACCUACGCAAUCAGCAGAGGAGGGAAUUGCUCUUUAAUGAAGUGGUAAUAAUGCGAGACUAUCCACACCCAAACAUCGUAGAAAUGUAUGCAUCGUACCUCGUGGGGAAUGAAUUGUGGGUAGUUAUGGAAUAUAUGGCGGGUGCUUCGCUCACACAAAUUGUGACGCGCGCUCGAAUGGACCCAGAACAAAUAGCCACUGUGUGCAAGCAGUGCUUAAAGGCGUUGGCGUUUUUACAUGGACAAGGUGUUAUUCACCGAGACAUCAAAUCUGACUCGAUUUUGAUGACCGCUGAUGGACGCGUCAAACUAUCUGACUUUGGAUUUUGUGCUCAGGUUUCACAGGAGCUACCAAAGCGUAAAUCCCUAGUAGGGACACCAUAUUGGAUGUCCCCAGAAGUUGUGUCUCGAUUGCCUUAUGGCCCAGAGGUGGAUGUGUGGUCAUUGGGCAUUAUGGUCAUUGAAAUGAUUGAUGGGGAACCCCCAUUCUUUAAUGAACCACCGUUGCAGGCCAUGCGUCGAAUCCGGGACAUGCCUCCCCCCAGGCCUCGUGGAGCGUCUCGCUGCCCUCCAGACCUGACUUCGUUCCUGGAGUGCGCCUUAGUUCGAGAUCCAGCUCAACGGCAUACAGCUGCAAGGCUACUUCAUCAUCCCUUGCUUCGACGCGCUGGUCCACCUGCUUUGUUAGUACCUUUGAUGCCUCAAUGAUAGGACAAACAUCAUUUAGGCACAGAAUACAAGUAAUGAGAAGUUUAUAUGUAUAAUAUUUCAAUGUUGCAAGUAGCUUUUCCCGUUAUUUAUAAAAAGAAAAAAAAAGUCUUUUCGUCAAAUUGUGGUAACCCUAAAAGAAUGUCUUACAUUUGUGAAAAUAAUGCUUAGGUUUUUUUUUAUAAAUGAGGAUAGAAAUGAUUUACUUGAAACAUUGAAAUUGUAUUCGUUAUAUAUAACAUUAAUUGUUAAAUAAAUAUGACGAGAAUAGUAUAAAGUUUUCAUACUUCGAUAUCUGUUUGUUACUGGUUAUUAAGAACUUUUAAAUAAAGAACAUUAUAAAUCUUAUUAAAAACAAAUUGAAUAAAGAACAAUGUGAUCUGUUCCACAAGCCAACAUGUUUUCAUGCCGUAUUUUGCUGAAUAAUUAGGAUUUGCUAUGGCAAACAAUUGAUAAUGACGAACGCAUUAUAUUAACUAAAAUCAAUUGCCGUUAGAAAGCAGAUGUCGAUGAACGAAAGGUCAAUAACCUUAGUGACCGAUUUCGUCGAAUUAAGAAUACCGUUUGAUCUACUAUUUACAAUGAUAACUACUGUUUGCGUCUUUUAAAUAAAAUUAAGUCAUUUUUAAAAUAUACAUUUCGUGGCCGUAAAUUCUAUAAACUAAUAAUAAUACAUUUUUGACGAAAUUACAUUGAAAUCGAACCGAAGAAACGACGCUUUUUAGCGAUAUUCAAAACAUGACAAAGUGUGCCUAAGAUUAGUGUGAAAAAUGAACGUAUGUCUGACUGUUACUAAUUAAAAUGUGCCUUUAAUUGGAAAAGCUGUGGUUAAACAUCAGUUGUACUGAUAUUGUUAGGAGCCUUUUAAUAUUUUAUUUAUUGAAGCAAAAAUUUGAUUUUUAUACCAAUAUGUGUGAAUUUUACUUAAACAAAAACGUCUAUAUGUUAUCCUCAUUCAAAUUUAAUAAUUGCAGUCUCUUUCUGGCUAAUUAUGUAUAAAAUAUGUUGAAAUGAGACAGAUCAGUACAAGACUGAUUUAGUUUCUAUGAACAAGUAUAUGUAUUAUUUUAAAUAAUUUUUCUUUAACGGCAUUUUGUAGUUACAUCAGUUGAGAUUUUUAAAUAUUUAUUCGAUCUUCUUCUAUUGAAAUUAACUUGAAUGACAAAGGCUCUUAAAAUAUUACACUUAAAAUAUGAGACAAACUUUUACUGCAAUUAGUUAUCACAAUUUUACAAUUACUUUGAAUUUAUACGGAAAUAUAUGAUAAAACUUACGUACCAAUUUAUAUUUAGAGUAUUCUUUGAGAAAGAUACACCAGUGAUUUCAUUCCACUUAUUCAUUCCUAUGAAAAAUAUAUAUUUAUAUCUUAUUAUUUAUUAUAAUGAUUGAUAAUAUUUUUGUCAUAAGGCUAGCUUUUUAAAUUCAAUAUAUGUAUACAAAUUUGUUUUAAUCGGAAAAAUAUUACCAUUGAAGGUUGGCUUUUUAAGGGCGUAGUUGUCCAAAGUGGCGGGAUUUUUUAAAAUGGUGCAACUGCGUAAAGAUUUAUAAACGCUUUAUUUACUACUACUACCUUAGUAUUGUCUUUUAU